AUGGGGAUGCUCCCUUCUGUGCCCGAGUGCUGGCUAGGGACUGCCAGCCACCGCUGGACCACCGAGCACGGAAAUCAUUCUCUACCCAAGACUCAGCCUGUAUGGCUCAACGUCCUCGGAGUAGAGGUGCCUUUCCCCACAGAUGCUCAGAACCCACUCAGUGGGCAGCCCGUGCUGGUGCUGUGCCAGUGGAAGAGCGAUGCCAGCCCCAUCCUUCCUGCUAAUGGGUGCUGGGUCUGCUGGGAUGACUCACCGCUCUGGCGCGGGGCUCUCUUGCAGAAUGUGCUGGCCAAGGCACUGUAUGACAAUGUGGCCAAGUCCCCGGAUGGGCUCUCCUUCCGCAAGGGCGACAUUAUGAUGGUGCUGGAGUGCAGCAUGCGAGGGCUGGAUGGCUGGUGGCUCUGCUUGCUCCAUGGCCGGCAGGGCAUAGUCCCCAGGAACCGCCUCAAGAUCCUGGUGGGGAUGUAUGACAAGAAGCAGCAGCAGCAAGUGCCUGGCCCUGUGCAGGGGCAGGCACUGCCUCAGCUGCUGGUGUCCCAGUUGGCUCUGCCUUGCCACUACCAAGGGGGCUACACCCCGCUGUCACCUGCCUUGCAGUACACACCCAUGCACCCUGCUUAUGCCCCCCAAGGGGACAACAUCUACCUGAUGUCAGUCCCCAGUAAGGGACAGCAGGGUCUGUACCCAGGCUCAGCACCUACCGGACAGUUUCUGUCUGCCCUGGCUAAGCAGCCACCUGCCUACCUGAAGCAGAUGCCUCCCUAUGCUUUCACCAGCCCUGGCCAGGAGAUCUCCCAGGUGCCCCCCUCCCUGGGCCAAGUGGCAGAGGUGUACCCUGGAGGCUCUGCCAGCCCCCCUCAGGACAUCUACCAGGUUCCCCCCUCAGCCAGUCAGGCUCAAGGCAUCUACCAGGUGCCUCCGUCAUUGGACAUGAGGAGCUGGGAAGGGCACAAGCCUCAGGGAAAGAUGCUGGUGCCCACCCAUGUGGGGCAAGUGUAUGCCUAUGACUCCCCCAAGGGUGAGCAGGAUGAGUAUUAUUUUCCUUGUUACCUUCUCUCCACGGGCUCCCAGGAGAUCUAUGAUGUGCUUCCUGUCAAGGGGGGGGUUCUGAGCCAGUUCAGCCAGGAGGGCUAUGACACCCCACCUAUGGCAGUGAAGGGUCUCAAUGGGCAGGAGAUCUAUGAUGUGCCCCCCAGCCCUUCCGUGGGGAAGAACCUGCACCAAACUCUAAGUGCUGCUGGGGAGGUGUACGAUGUGCCCCCCUCAGUGAGCAAGGAUGUGCUAGAUGGCCCAGUGCGGGAGGAGGCCUACAAUGUGCCCCCUGCCUUUGCCAAGCAGAAAGCCUUUGACCCUUCCCACCACCCCCUCCUGGCCCAGCAGGAGCCCUAUUUGCCAGAGGACAUCUAUGAUGUACCACUGGUGGCUGGGAAAGGUUCCCCCAAUCCACUGCUCUAUCAAGAGAUCUAUGAUGUACCCCCCAGCCUCAAGAAGCUGGGGGGGUUGGCCUUCUCCCAGGUGUAUGACUUGCCCCAGGACCUGCAUGCCUCAGGUAAGGGCUCCCUGGACACAGAGGGUGAGUACAUCUAUGAUGUCCCACCACAAGUGGACUGUGAGGCCAAGGGUGCCAAUGCCAAGCGCCUCUCAGUCUCCAGCACAGGCAGCACCCACAGCAACAUCUCCACAUCCUUGCUGGAUGUAGCGCCCAUUAAGGAGCUGGCCAAGGGAGCUGGCAAGGAGUUCUCCCUGGAUGUGGAUGCCACCAUGGAGAUGCUGGCCAAGCUCCAGCACGGUGUUGGCAGCACAGUCUCCUACCUCAUGUCCUUCAUCAGUGCCAACUGGCGCAGCCCCAAGCACAUGGAGGCCAAUGCUGCCAGCAUCUGUAGGGCAGCCAAGGGUGUCCGGAUGGCCCUCAGGGACCUGCUAGAGUUUGCCCAGGGGGUGGUGGGCAGUGCUGCCCAGGCCUCUGACUAUUCCCUCUACACCAAGCUCAGCAAGCAGUUGCAGAAGAUGGAGGAGGUCUACCAGACUCUGGUGCAGCACAGCCAAGCACUGGACGCUUGCCACUGGGCCCUGAGCACCUUGGCCAGCAGCAAGCUGGGCACAGAUGACUUGGAGCACUUUGUCAUGCACUCACGUGGCAUUCCUGAUGACACUAAGCAGUUGGCCUCCUUCCUGCAUGGCAAUGCCUCCCUCCUCUUCAAAAGGACAAAGCUGGCGGUGGAGAGUGGCAGCCACAGGCCCCCUCACCCUUCUGACAAGGCCAGCAGCAUCCAGUUGUGGCCCCUGCCCUCCCCACCCAAGCUGCUGGUCCAGGAGUCUCCCAACAGGCCCUACAAGAACAGUGAGAGCAACUGGAUGGAGGAUUGUGACUAUGUCCAUCUCCAGGGCAAGGAGGAGUUUGAGAAGACCCAGAAAGAGCUGCUGGAGCUUUCUCCAUCCAACAUCAUCUAGCAGAGCAAGGACCAGCUGGAGCACCAGCAGCUGAAGCAGUUCGAGCAGCUGGAACAGGAGGCGACAUGCCCCAUUGACAAUGACCUGUCCAACUGGAGCCCCCCCCAGCACUAUGGCCCAGUGCAGGAUGGCCGGUGUCCUGCUGACCACCAGCUCCUCCUCUUCUACCUGGAGCAGUGCAAGGCCAACCUUGCCACGCUCACCAACGCCGUCGAUGCCUUCUUCACUGCUGUCAGCACCAACCAACCCUGCAAGAUCUUUGUGGCCCACAGCAAGUUCAUCAUCCUCAGCACCCACAAACUUAUUUUCAUUGGGGACACGCUGUCCUGCCAGGCCAAGGCCCAGGAUGUCCAGCACAAGGUGAUGCACUACAGCAACCUCCUCUGUGAGAUGCUCAAGAUCAUGGUGACCACCCUCCACUACCCUUCUCCUGCUGCCUCGAAGCACAUGGUGGAGUGUGUCGAGGACCUUGCCAACAGCACGCAGCAGUUUAGGAUGGUGCUGGGCCAUCUGGCAGCCAUGUGA